GCCGCGAUCCCGCGGCCCCUCAGCUCCCCUCGUCAUGGCGCUGAGGCGGCGGCCGGCGGUCCGGCUCUGCGCCCGGCUGCCCGACUUCUUCCUACUACUGCUUUUCAGGGGUUGCUUGAUUGGGGCCGUGAAUCUCAAAUCCAGCAACCGAACCCCAGUAGUACAGGAAUUUGAAAGUGUGGAACUAUCUUGUAUCAUUACGGAUUCACAGACAAGUGACCCCAGGAUUGAAUGGAAGAAAAUUCAAGAUGACCAAACCACAUAUGUGUUUUUUGACAACAGAAUUCAAGGAGAUUUGGCAGGUCGUGCAGAACUAUUGGGGAAAACCUCUCUAAGGAUCUGGAAUGUGACCCGGACAGACUCAGCCCUUUAUCGCUGUGAGGUGGUUGCUCGAAACGACCGCAAAGAAAUUGAUGAGAUUGUCAUUGAGUUAACUGUGCAAGUGAAGCCGGUACCUCCUGUGUGCAGAGUCCCGAAGGCUGUACCGGUCGGCAAGACGGCCACGCUGCACUGCCAGGAGAGCGAGGGCUACCCCCGGCCGCACUACAGCUGGUACCGCAAUGACGUGCCACUGCCCACCGACUCCAGGGCCAAUCCCAGAUUCCGAAACUCCUCUUUUCUCUUAAACUCUGAAACAGGCACUCUGGUUUUCAAUGCUGUUCACAAGGAAGACUCUGGGCAGUAUUACUGCAUCGCUUCCAAUGAUGCAGGCUCAGCCAGAUGUGAGGAGCAGGAGAUGGAAGUCUAUGACCUGAACAUCGGUGGCAUUAUUGGGGGGAUCCUGGUGGUCCUUGCUGUUCUGGCCCUGAUCACCGUGGGCAUCUGCUGCGCAUACAGACGGGGUUACUUCAUCAAUAAUAAACAGAAUGGCGAAAGUUACAAGAGUCCGGGGAAGACAGAUGGAGUGAACUAUAUCAGGACAGAUGAGGAGGGCGACUUCAGACACAAGUCAUCAUUUGUGAUCUGAAAUCUGAUGGUGUGGCUGAGGGAGCACAUGCAAAUACCUCUACCAGAAACUCCUAUCAAGAGCAGCCCGGGAGCCAAGUGCACUUGGACAGAGCUAGACACUUACGCAAAAGCUUUUUGUUUUGGCCAAAGUUGACCGCUACUCCUUUCUUACUUUUUAACCAGCCACAUGAAUAAAAGAAUUAUCCUCAAGAUGGGCAUAGUCAUCACAAGGAGGAAAAAAAAACAAAACUGCAUUUCACUGAGGCUGAUUCCCAGUCUGUUUCUGGCCUGGCUCCUGCCUGAGUGUUAGGGUGAUCAGGAAGCUCUUGGCCACAGAGGCUGGGCUGGGCACUGUGGGCCAGUGAAGCCAGUUUAUUCGCCACUCACCUACAUCAGCCAGCGUGAGUCCUGUGUGUGGGGCCACCAGGCAGCCAUGCAGCACUGGUAACGCAGGGCUUGGGAGCACGACGCACU